GCGGGAGCUGCUCUGGCCAGGGGUUCCGGCUGUAUUUCCAUGAGCGCAGCCGGCAGCCGCGGAGCUACAGGAAGCUGAGUAGGAGCGAGCUGGGCCGCUGUGGUCAACCACGCACAGUUUUUAGGUUAAUUGGACUAAGAGAUCUGACCUGACCAGCCCAACUGUACAACUCUUCAAGGAAAAUUAAUAUUCGCAGUGAAAGGACUAAGUGACCUAGAUCAAGAUGAAUGCCAUGCUGGAGACCCCAGAGCUGCCGGCCGUGUUUGAUGGGGUGAAGCUGGCCGCAGUGGCUGCUGUGCUGUACGUGAUUGUCCGGUGUCUGAACCUGAAGAGCCCCACAGCUCCUCCCGACCUCUACUUUCAAGACUCGGGGCUCUCGCGCUUUCUGCUAAAGUCCUGUCCUCUUUUGACCAAAGAAUACAUUCCACCAUUGAUCUGGGGGAAGAGCGGACACAUCCAGACAGCCUUGUAUGGAAAGAUGGGAAGGGUGAGGUCACCACACCCGUAUGGGCACCGGAAGUUCAUCACCAUGUCCGACGGAGCCACUUCUACUUUCGACCUCUUUGAGCCCUUGGCUGAGCACUGUGUUGGAGAUGAUGUCACCAUGGUCAUCUGCCCUGGAAUCGCCAAUCACAGCGAGAAGCAGUACAUCCGUACCUUUGUUGACUAUGCCCAGAAAAAUGGCUAUCGGUGUGCCGUGCUGAACCAUCUGGGGGCCUUGCCCAACAUUGAACUGACCUCACCACGCAUGUUCACCUAUGGUUGCACGUGGGAGUUUGGAGCCAUGGUGAACUACAUCAAGAGGAUGUACCCACUGACCCAGCUGGUGGUGGUGGGCUUCAGCCUGGGUGGUAACAUCGUGUGCAAAUACUUGGGGGAGACACAGGCAAACCAAGACAAGGUCCUGUGCUGCGUCAGCGUGUGCCAGGGGUACAGCGCACUGAGGGCCCAGGAAACCUUCAUGCAGUGGGAUCAGUGCCGGCGCUUCUACAACUUCCUCAUGGCGGACAACAUGAAGAAGAUCAUCCUCUCCCACAGGCAAGCCCUUUUUGGAGACCAUGUUAAGAAAACCCAGAGCCUAGAGGACACGGACUUGAGCCGGCUCUACACAGCAACGUCCCUGAUGCAGAUUGAUGACAACGUGAUGAGGAAGUUCCAUGGCUAUACCUCCCUGAAGGAAUAUUAUGAGGAAGAAAGCUGCAUGAGGUACCUGCACAGGAUUUAUGUGCCUCUCAUGCUGGUUAAUGCAGCCGAUGACCCCUUAGUGCAUGAAAGUCUUCUAACCAUUCCGAAAUCUCUCUCAGAGAAACGGGAGAACGUCAUGUUCGUGCUGCCUCUGCAUGGGGGCCACCUGGGCUUCUUCGAGGGCUCCGUGCUGUUCCCCGAGCCCCUAACGUGGAUGGAUAAGCUGGUGGUAGAGUACGCCAAUGCCAUUUGCCAGUGGGAACGGAACAAGUCGCAGUGCUCUGAUACGGAGCCAAUGGAGGCCAACCUGGAGUGAGGCCUCGGACUCUUGUGCACUCCAGCAGCCCUGCUCUGGAACCUGCGUCCCCUCACCCGCUGUUUCAGGUCUCCCAUCUCCCUCCACGACCUGGAUCUGACCUCACCCUCAGCGGGGGGCCACCCACCACGCACACGUGUCUCGAAGUCUCGAAUAGGCGGCUCUCCCUGGGAGCUCCAGGCUAUUUUUGUGCUUAGUUACUGGUUUUCUGUGUUGCAUUGUUAGCCAUGGUGACAAGUGACAGGUUCUCAGCCCUCCUGUCCAGUUUCAGCAUCUGAUUGCUUUUAAGCCAAUUACAUCUAGUUUCCCUAUUAAAAAUGUGUCUGAACAGCAAUUUUGCUUUGCCAGUCAAAGGGCCUUUCCCUGAGAGCAGUCUUCACGUAUGCUAUUUCGUGGUGGUUGUACAUGUCUUUAGGUAGACUCGGAGAUCAUUCUAGGCUAGCACUGAAGGCACACUCAACCUGGGAGACUGAGGGCCUGGUUCUCCCAGGCCUCUUAAAUGGCAAAGGAAAUUCCUGCAAGUCACAAGCCAAGUUCCUCCCCCCCCCCCCCUUUGCUGCUGCUGACAGUCUCAUGGGGCACUUGUUAAAAGUUCAGCCUCCCAGGUCCCUCCCCUUGGAGAAGCUGGGGCAGUGAGGUCUGGGAAGGGGUCCUGGGAUUUUAAUUUUUGACAAGUGCCCCAGGUGACUGUCACCACCAGGUGAAUUUUUGGACGCACUGUUGUACAGCACCUCUAACUUUGAAACAUCUAGGGAAAGUCAUGGUCAGAGGUGCCCCUUGGCUCCCAGGAAUCUCCAGAGUAGCCAGGCUCGCCAUGUAGCUGCCCUUGUGUGGUCAGAGGGUGGUGUCUCUGAACAGACCCUGGGUGUGAAUGAGCAUUUAGGUUGAGCCCUGGCUCUGCCUCUCCCCGGCUAUAUGACCCUGGGAAAGUCCUUUUGGAUUUUGAUUCCCUCACCUAUAAAAUGAGGGACUCAAACCAGGUAGAUUGCCGAGACGACGGCUAGUUCUAAAGUUCAAUGACAAACUCAGUGUACUGAGGUUUGAGAGAACAUCACUCCAGGGGAGCCCGGGAGCUAUUCUCCCAGGCUAAGCAUGUGGAUGACAUCACUUGCCUUUCUUCCUUUGUCCCUCAUUUCAUAUAAAGAGGUUUUUGGGUUAUUUUUUUUCCCCACUCAAUUGUAAUGUUAGUUUUGCAACUCAAGUCUACAUAGUGUCUGGCUUUUGACAUCCGUCAGUUAGAUUUGAGGUUGCAAUCAAAAGAUAUGAUUUUUUUAAACCAGAUUUCUAAUAGUCUAUAUUUGUAGUGUAUUAGGUAGAUCAUUCCAAAGUGUGUCUUCUCAUGUGAAAGUGCCACUCUGGGUUCCAAGUACUCCUUUCCUCCAAUCCUGUGGUACUUAACUAUCUAAAAACCCUACUCUGAAAAAUCCACAAUUGCUCUCUGGAACUGAACAGACCUACGAGUGAAAUUGCCUGGAUACUUUAAAAAUAUAUAUAUAUGUAUGUAUGUAUGUAUUUUCCCUACUUCAUCUUCUCUGGCUCCAGGACAGACUGGAAUAUAAACAGUGGGUUUAUGUGGAUGGGUAAAGGAUAAAAGAAUCUACCUGAGUGCCCGAAUGCCAAUCCUUGUAUUCAUGGGUGGAUACAGUCUGGGCAUUGUUCCAAGGGGCUGGCAGCAAUCUGAAGAAGGUGUUUUCUGACAAUCACCAGAUCAUCCUAAUAACAUCAGAAACAGCCAUUUUUCUCAAAAGAUUGUGAUUUCUGUCAUCUCAACUUUGUUUGGGUAUGUAAUUUCUCACACCCGCCGAAUUGUGUCACUAUGAUUUUCACCCAAGUUGCUAUUUCCCUAAUGCAUUUCCUUUUCCUGUUCUUUUAGCACAGAUUGGCACUUUAUCACUUACCCCUUGAUUUGGAAGCUAGUCCCCCUUCUCUGUCACUUUUCCCUCCACCCAAACACAUCUGUAAUCCAGAAGGUUCGUGGUCGCAUUUCCUGCUAUUACUUUCAUUCCUCAGCAUUUGUGCAAAUAGUUGAACCAAGCAAUAACUUAGCAGAAUUGAAUCACCGUGCCAGGAAGUGAGAGACUUCUUUUCAUUUGCCUGAGGCCACAUGUCUUGAACUAUUCUGACAGUAGUGGCCCAGGUACCUACAUUCCGGAAGAGGAAAAACAGUCCUGUUUUCACACGCAUGCAUAGAGGGGAACUGGGAGUCCUUAGGUCCUGGUCCGCGUCAUCGCCCUGAUGACCCCCACGCAGGGGAAGUGGGGCUGGGGGCAUAGCCUUUGCUUCCACAUAGCCAUCAUUUAUCCCCCGGGACUGUGGGGCCGUGUCCCAGCUGGAAUCUUUAGUGUGUGGCUCUGAAAGGCACUUACAUUCCAUUUUGGCUCACAUGAAAUCAACUGAAGCCCUUUGUUCAAGCUUCAGGCUCUCAGGGCUGGAAACAAGAAUGUGACUGUGGCUGUCUUUCAGGGAGAUUCUCGUUUGUCCCUGAAUGAAAGCACAGAGACACUGAAUGCAGGGAUGCAAACUUGGCUAACAAACGAGGGAGCAGCACUUUAUGUGUAGGUCAUCCUUUCCUUCCUCCACUUCCUUGCUUCCCCCCACCCUGCCCCAGAAUCGUUCUGUGAAUGCUCUUCUUGCUCUUUGCUCCGAGUUGGGCUACAACACAAUUUUUAAGGAGUGUUUGGAAAUUAUAUUUUAAAACAAAUUAAGGAUAUAAAUUGCACAGUCGAGACAAUCCUGUUGUAGAAAUGACCUGUUUAACACAAAGGGAGGGAAGACACCCACAGUUCUCCUAAACAGGCUGCAGACUCCCAGGAGUCACUGAUCCCAGUCACAUCAGGAAUUCCUGGCUUUAAAAACCGGCGUCAGUUCUCCUUGACGCAUUUAUGGUCGUAGGGAGUUUAACAGACUUGAAGCAAACCCCUUCUCUUCCUGCCGUGUGUUGCACCUAGCGAUUCUAGAGCAGAAUGAAGAUAGGAUGUCGUGUGUUGUUAGAAUAUUCGUCUAAAUUCUCUGUGGCAGUUGACAUGUGCAGGGAACCUGUGGCCUAGAUACCUGAAAGGAGUGUUCCCUUCUUGAUCUUGAGCUAGUGUCAUGGAAGCAGGGUCCCUGGGUCCUUGUCCUGUCUCUGGUUCACAGUGGAUCAUGGGCACGUCCCUUCACCUCUUGGAGCCUGUAACCUCAUCUUCCACCGUCUCUCAGCUCCCAUCAUCUGUUUGCGCAUCAUUUGCCUGAACUCGGCUUGCAAGUAGGAGUCCAGAGGCUCCAGGCUCGCCUUGAGGGGACUUGGCGAGCCGGAGGUUCUGCGUCAGGCCUUUCCUGGCGAGGAGCUGGAUGCUGUCCAGAGCCCUGUGUCUCUGGCCUCUCUUCAGAGCCUCCGCUGUCGCCACAACAUCCUGGCUCUUCUGAGGGCGGUCUUGUGCCUGCGGCAGGUGCUGGGUGCCACAAUGAGGAACUGUCUCCAGCCUUCAAUGCCGCUCAGGCGGGAGGGCAUCGAGAAUUCCCAGGGCAAAAAUCCUUCCUGCUCAAGCCCUCGGCCCCGCCACUGCAGUGUGCAUGAAAGCUGAGCUUUCUGGGGAGCUGCACUCCUGAGCCCAAGCCCCUGAAUGAGAGCCCUCUUUGUGACUGCACGACUUGAGACUGUUUGGCCAGCUCCCAGGAAGCUGUGCGUUCUUGUUUGUGUUUGCCAGGCAAGCAGCUGUCUGAGAUGUGAGAGGCUUUUCUUUUCCAGCGGCAUUGAUUCUGACUUAGGGCUACAGUUAAGGCUCGCUGAAACAUCACGCUGGGUGAAGGAAGUCACAGCCAGGGGAGCUAUUAAGAAGCGUUUCGCUGUGGCCUUCUGUUGCAGUGGCAUCAGGUAUUGUUUUCUUUGCCUAAAAAGUCUUAACUUGCCUCCAGAAAAUUCCCUGAUAUUGCAACACUAUUGUGGCAUCGGAAUUCAGAGUCUUCUGCUGUGGAAGUUCAGAGCAAAGCCACAGCAAACCCCACGAACUCCCUCAUGUGGCCUGUAGGUUCCUUGUUUCAUCAGCACCCCCCACACCUCACCCCUCCACAGUAGGAGUGAGCCGGAACCAGCCGAAACACUGUGGCUUUGGCCCCUUCCUGUCAUCUCUUGGCCCUACUCUGUUGUUCAAAGCCACUUUGGAUCACUUGGCUGCUUCAGAAAACCAUGGAAAGUGGCCUGCCUGUGGCGUUCAGAAGCCACACAAUUGAGCAAAAGGAAUUCCUGUACCUCUGUUUCCUGGGCAGAGCAAAGCACCCCCUCUCCUCUUCCUGAGCUAGGAUUGCUUUUGCCAAAUUGUAUUUGAAGCUAAGGAAAGGGGAACUGGCUCCUGCAGGCAGAAAGAACUGGAACACCUCCCAAAGCAGAAGCUACUUGCUCUUGCCUGCAUCACUGCUGUUACCACCUCUGGAUGCUGGGGCCGAGUCUCCCUCCCGCAGAGUUCAGCUCCCCGGUCAUCCCCAGAUUCCCAGCAAGUAGGCAGCUGGCCCUUGUGCAAGUGUCAGUCUUCCAUGUUUUCUGAACUGUUUUUCCUAGUGUGUUUGUGGGUAAAGCUUUCCUGUCUUUAAUAGAAAAGCUAAAAUCAGUUUCUAACUGGUAGAUGAAGCCCUACAUCCUGAGUUCCAUAAAAUAAGUGCUCAGCGUUUUAACUAGAUUUCUGUCAAUCAAUGAAACCCAUAAUCUGCCUUCUCCCCACUUCUGGUCCCCAUUAGCCAAGAAAUACACUAUCGCCAUAAGUUGGGGACAGUCCACUUUCAGCACCUGCAGAGAUACCUUUCGUCUCCACGAGCAUUCUCCCCCAGACCACCCACACCGAGCAGCCAGCAGUCACCUGGAAUAAUUGCCCAUCCCCUUGGUCCCCGCGCCAACCACUUCUCGCCCAGGCCGCUCUUGCGAGCGGACACAUUUCUGGGUGUAGGAGUGCGGUUUGAUUUGCUUUUCCAUUUGGCCUCACUUGAGUUCUCUGAAAGCACAAGUCGUGUAGACCCCGUUACCUCUCCGCACCGGUUCCCCGUGGUCUGGGUCUCCCCCGCUGCCUCAGGAAGACCUUCACUGUACCGGAGCUUCUGACGUCUGCCACUGCAGCUGCCUUAGUGACGCCGGGGGCGGGAGGGGGCGGGAGGGAGCGAGGUUGCAUCUCUCCUUGUCCUGGUUAGACUCCGUUCAGCCACAUUCUUCUGAUCUGCUUCCAGAUUGAUUUUUGAGAACCAUCACUUUCACAUUCCUAAUCCUGGUUUGUGCUGUUGUGUUUCAUUUGGGUUUCCCAAAACUUCAAAAUGCUGCCCUGAAAAUACUGUAUUUUUGCAUUUGUGUUCUGAGAGCCUUGGUGCAGCUGGAUCUUUGGGGGAAAUACAGGAUCCUUUAGCACUGAGGUAUUUAAGAUUCGCAACUAGCAAUGCAAUUUUUUCUAAAUAUGAGGAUAUUUACCUUUAUUAAGAAGUUAUACUAAACGGCGGUGUCCUUGGUCAUAUUAUGUUCUCCUGUUACUUUUGAUUCUACUUUGAUUCUGUGUGGUGGUAAACAAAGAUCAUUACAAACGAAAACUGUAAUUUUGUUAUCUUUGAUUCAAUGGAAUUUGUUUACUUAAAAAAAGUAAUAAAGACUAAAAAUGCGGUGUGGCUGUGUGUCCUUUG